UUCUAAGUCUUCUCAGUUCUCAGAAGAGGAAGAGACCUUGAAUCAGUGAACAUACAGCCAGAAUGAGUUGCUCUGUAGCUUAUUGACUUUGUCAUCCAUUACGUAAUUGUUAUCUGUGCCUUAAAGAGAUUUUACUAAGUCAGUGAUUCAUCUUUAUGUGCGGAAUGAUAUUGGGCGUGUAGGAUGAGUAGGCCUAGUCCUGUUUAGUACACAGUUGAUUUAAUAUUGGUUAUAUCCUAGGGCCUAUACUAUAUCUUAUAAUUCUAUUCUGUAAAAUGUCUCCGAAACAACCUGUAUUAACAACCUAUUUAAUUACAAGCACAGAGUUUUAUAUUGGACUGGGCUUGGCACUAAGUUCCAGUUUGUUUAUUGGUUCCAGUUUUAUAAUCAAGAAACUAGCUCUUAUUCGAUUGAGCCGCAAUGGUUUAUUAAGAGCUGGAGCUGGUGGAUUUGGAUAUCUGAAAGAAUGGGUCUGGUGGGCUGGUUUGAUCACAAUGGGCAUCGGAGAAGCAGCCAACUUCGCUGCCUACGCAUUCGCCCCGGCGUCACUGGUCACACCUCUAGGAGCCCUCAGUGUACUUGUGGCGUCUGUUCUGGCGUCAAAGUUCCUUAACGAGAAACUCAACCUGCUAGGGAAGCUUGGAUGCUUUCUCUGUGUGUUGGGGUCUACUGUUAUCGUUAUUCACGCUCCUAAAGAAGAAGAAAUUGAGAGCAUGGAAACACUUUUGCUAAAACUUCAAGAGCCUGGUUUCAUAUUGUACGUGCUGCUGGUUGUGAUAGUGACUACAUUGAUCGUACUACACAUUGGUCCCCGCUAUGGUCACAGGCAUGUCUGCGUGUACGUGGCUCUCUGCUCUGCCAUUGGCUCUCUCACCGUGAUGGCCUGCAAGGGCUUGGGCCUCGGCAUCAAGGAGACCAUCACUGGUUCCCAGAAUGAGUUGGGUAACUGGCUGACAUGGUCGUUCCUUGUGUUGGUGGUAGUGUUUAUCUCUAUACAGAUGAACUAUCUCAACAAAGCACUGGAUCUGUUCAAUACUGGCAUUGUUACCCCUGUCUACUAUGUCAUGUUUACAACACUAGUUAUCACUGCUUCCGCCAUACUCUUCAAAGAAUGGGUCCAUCUCUCUGCCGAGGAUAUUCUUGGAAACAUUUGUGGAUUCCUGGUGAUAAUUGUUGGCAUCGUUCUGCUUAAUACAUUCAAAGACAUGGAUGUAUCGUUGAACGACGUGAGAGGAGUGUUUAGACCCAAGAGGGAUUAUCUGCCUCACAAAGUCCUGCUCCGGGAUGAUGACGAGAUAGAUGUUCGGAUAUCCCGGACCUACGGCACUCCGGACUCCCUCUGACCUUCAUGCAAGAGCCUGUAGGCUGCGUACGUUUACGACUUCACUCAUUUUGUAAGAGUAAGGCGUGCCAGUUAACAAUAUCUAAGUCAUUGGUCGAAUAACUUAAAUCCAUUGAAUCAACGAUAACAUUUUCAAUAGGCUAGGUCAGUAAAUUAUACUCCAUAGUUGUUCCUAUUAAUUUAAAAAAGUUCUUAAGGAUUUGUUGAUACUGUAGUCUGGUUCAUCCGAUCUCAGGUUUCUACAUAAAUCUCUGAUAGUGGUCAACACAAAAGAUUAUUUUUGAGUUUAAUAUAUUUAUUAUUUUAUGUUUACAUAAUUGUUGAAGUGUAGUAAAAGAAAAUGGUGACAAAUAAUUUUAUAAAUUUAAAAAAUGAUUCCUAUUGUUAUCUAACCUUGUCGCAUCUUUAUUAUAUUAGAUGAUCAAGACUACUGUUUUACUUAUUGUACUACAAUAGCCAGUCCAUUUUUUACUUUCUUACAUUUCAUAAAUAUUUUGAACUAUUGUGUAAAUACUUAUGAAGAACAAUACAUAACUAUUUAUUUUUAAGUUAGUAACUAAACUAAUAGUAAGAGUUUGCACUUGUGAUUUUAACCUUUUAAAGGCUAUUCAUCAUUAAACAAAGGUGAACAAAUUGAACAGAUUUUACUAACUUUGACCUUAAGUUGGCCUUAAAAGGUGUUGUACUAAAGUAGGCGUACAUUCCUAUAAGUUAAUCAUAAUUUAUUUUCAAUAUUUUGAAACAAAAAUAUAGCUUAAUCAUUUAUGUAUAUAUUGUAAUUUAUACUCUUUAGAACAAUAUUUAUCACAUUUUCUGAUUGUCAUUGAUGAAAGCCUAUAAGUUCACUAAAUGUAGACAAUUUACUGAAUAUAUAUACUCUUACUGAAAAUAUUGUUUAAUCGACUUUUAAAAGUGUAUUUUGUACCAAGUGCCAGAAAUGAGGUUUCACAGGUUUAAGAUCGUAUUUCAAAUUUGUUUUUGAAAACUUAAAAAUAUCGAGAGCUUGCUAAAGACUGUUAUUUUUACCACGCUAUAAAAAUAAACACUAAGCUAGGUAAAUAAUAAAGGAAGCAAAUACAUUCAUGCAACAACAAAAAUACUUGAACUCUUCUAGAGUCAACAUUGAACAGAAAUUCAUAAUAAGUUUUUGAUUUUGGUUAUUUUAUUGUUUCUAAACAAUGUCAAAAAUACACAAAGUUACCACUUAACUGUGGUUUUAAACUUUUAAAUAUAACCAUGUGUUAAUGUUUAGUCCAGGUUUUGACAGAACUGUUUUCAGUCCCAUGGUUUUUGUUGAAAAAAUAAUAAAUUGUAUGAACAUCCAUUAAAUUAUAGAUGAUGGUGUCUGAAUUUCAUUUAGUAAUUGGGAAAAUAAAUGAGAAAUAAAACUCUUCAGAGCUUUCUUCAACUUAUUUAUAUUUUCACAACAACAAAAAACGAACCUUCUCUUUCAACUUUUAACGUAAUUCCACUCUACCAAUUAUUCGUCACCAUAACAACCAAAAUAGCCAAAAACGUAAACAUAAACAAACUAUUAGUCAGGUGAGGCUAGUUCACAACUACACGCCCCCUUGGUGUCAACACCACUACACACCCUCUAGUAUUAAUUGAACAUGCCCAUAUCAAUUAAUUGAUAAUUGAUAAAUUAGUUGAUAACGUGUGAUUAAUACUGUAGUAUAUUUCACUCUCUACUGUGAAAAGUUCACCUAAGUAGGAAAAAAUUACAUUUUCUUCGUAAGUUUUAACACUUUUGUAGAUGAGUAAAAGUUUCUUGCUUGUGUGAGGUUGUGUACUUAUCUUUAAGCUAUAUCGUAGAUUAACUAUAUAUAUUGAUUCACAUUGAAAUAGGAACUGCUCUCUACUCUACCACCUAAACAACGAAUAUUAGGGAUGGACGAGAUUGGAUUUUUAGUUUGAGACGGGAUAUUUUAUUUCUCAUAAAAUUUCAAGACGGGAUUUCCCUUCUCAUACAUAUCGGGAAAUGCACGUUCGCCAUUUUAACCUGAUUUGGUUACAUCGUUAAAUAUCUACUGAUUUAUUAGAGAUGACUGGUAAAAUACAAUAAUAAUAAUAAUAAAAUAUUAAUAGGCAAUAUUUUAAAUCUUUUAAUAGAAAACAUCAAUAAAAAACAUCAGUAAAGGAAAACAAAUAUUAUUUAGGACUACCUUAUUAAAAAUAACUAUUACGCGUAGGAAACAUGGUGAUAUCAGUUAGGAUAUAGUUCAACUUUGAUUAAUUAAAAUGUUUAGUCUGAAACAUCAGUCUUACUAUUUAAGUAUUAAAUAACAAUAGUAGAACUUUGAAAAAUACUAAAUUUAUCUGUCUGAAACAUCAGUCUUACUAGUUAAGUAACAUUUUUCAGUCUUGUAUUAUUUUUAGAACGAUUUUAGAGUGACUUGUUUUGGCUAUGUUUACAUUAGUAAUACAUGUCUCACACUGCUAACACUUAACAAAACUUCUCAUCAUUUGCUAUAUAAAAAAAUAUUAUAAAACAGAGCAAUAUUUACAUGUAAAGAAUUAAUUAAUAAGAACGUCUUUGCAAAGGAAACACAACAACAACGCGCUCUUGUAUUGCGGGUAUUGCAUUUCCUUUCUGCAGGUUUUUUUUUAUCUCGUCUCAAAAAAAUCUCGGUCAAUAUUAAAUCUCGUCUCGUAGAAAAAGAUUUUAAAUUUUCCAAAAUUUCAAGACCUGUCCAUCCUUAACAAAUAUAUAUAAAAUAUUUUAUUUUGUAUUUCUUUGCAAUAGAUUUAGGCUUAUUAUUGUAUUGUUACACAUUCCAUAUUUGUAGCCUUAAUCAUGGUUGAGCUUAUGUGUUUUGAGCGUAGCACUUGUAAUGUUUGUAAAUUUGUGAAUAUGUAUAUAAGAGUUUAAAGUUUAUUAAAACACAUAUUUUU